AUGGCGAAAGCCCCGGAAUGGGGCAAUCAGUACGGCAAGCCCGACUUGGAGCGGCUGGGGCUGUUCUUAGAGAUGCCCUACAUGAACGGAAAAGGAUACGUCUUCCCAAAGCUCACUCACGAUAAGGGCAAACGUAUGUUGGGAGAGGGGCCCAAGACAAAGACUGGAAGGCAGGACUGUUACUUCGACAAGGAGUUCAAGAGGCUGUUCGUCGGAGAAGCUCUCAAAGGUCUACGGAAAGCACCUCCUCCAAAGUUUAAAAAUGUGUCAAAUGUGCCGUUUAUGCCCCCCGGACACACCAAAGUCCAUUCGACGCCUGGCGAUCACUAUGGAACGUUCGGUGGGAAACUGGAUGCAUUCAGCAACAUUGCCAGAAAGAGACCUCCGUACAAACACGAGCCCGGGCAGUUUGUUACCAAUCCGGGAAGAAAAGGAGGACCCGGUUACGUGAAUAUUUGCCUGAACAAGUACCCGGAGCAUAAAGACGAUCGCUACGGAGUCAAGCUGAAGACGAAGGAGUAUGGGAAGCUCUUGGAUGGUCCUUUGAGAACAGUUCAUUUCCCUAAACCGUUCUUUGGACCGAAUCCCUUCAAGGAUCCAGAGAAAAUGAAGCCAGGACCUGUCUACGUCAGACCGCAGGAGAAGCCGGUUAAGGUCAUUCCUCCAGGAAUAAUAAUUCCCACAGGACCAACCAAGUGGCAAGGUGGUUGUCACGCUGGUUGUUUCGACAAAUUCCCUGAACACAAACCUGAAAAAUACGUCACCUACUACGACCUGAUCAAGCCCCAGAAACACAAAGGAGACGUGUUCUAUCCUCAAUCUAUGGCGGAGAAGACGUACUACACAACAUCCGUCAUCAACGAAAAUCUACGUUUCAAGAUGAACCUCAACAAUAGCGCUACGUACGAACCUUCUUACAUAAACCAUAUGGUUGGUCCUAAUUUUAUUCGGUAGGAAAUAAA